AUGGACCAGCGCCCCAGAGGGACUCAGCGCCAGCUGCUGAGCAGGUACGUCGUCGAGCCGCAGCAGCUAAGUGACGUCCCCAAGCCCUCACGCUGGGAGGAGAGGGUGUUGAACAUGCAGGCAGGGGGGAUCGGGCAGUCGAACAGCUCGGCACGACCCGACUUCGGGAACAAAUCUCUGCUGGACUCUUGGGGGCUGAGCGGGGAUGAUGCGGCCUCCGUCCCGGCGGACGGGAUCUUCGGCCUGCGGAUCCUCAUCUCCAGCGUCUACUUGGUGGUGUGCGCCGUGGGGCUGCUGGGCAAUUCCAUGGUCAUGUACUUGGUCCGGGCCCGGAAGGGCAGGCCGGCCUCCGCCAUAGACGUCUUCGUCUUCGGCCUGGCGCUGGCCGACUUCCACUUCGCCCUGACCCUGCCCUUCUGGGCGGUGGAGACGGCCCUGGACUUCACUUGGCCCUUCAGCAAUGCCAUGUGCAAGCUGGUCCUCACCUUGACCGUCCUGAGCGUCUACGCCAACGUCUUCCUGCUCACCACCAUGAGCGUCACCCGCUACUGUUCCGUGGCCUCCGCCGUCAGGCCCGGCCUCAAGCUGACCGCCAACCUGGCCAAGUGGAUCACCGUGGCUCUUUGGGCCGUGGCCUUGGCAGCCACCGUACCCACCGCCAUCUUUGCCACGGUGACAGAUGUGGUCGGGGUGGAGUUGUGCCUGCUCAAGUUCCCCACCAACCGGUGGCUGGGGGUGUAUCACCUCCAGAAAGUGUUGGUGGCCUUCGUGCUGCCCUUGGUCAUCAUCUUGGCCUCCUACCUGCUGCUCCUCAGUUUCCUCCAACAGCACCGGGUCAACGCCAACAACCCCAGGCGGCAGAGCCAGAUCGCCACGUCCGUCUGGCUCGUGGUCACCUCCUUCUUCGUCUGCUGGUUCCCCAACCACGUGGUGACCUUCUGGGGAGCCCUGGUGAAGUUCGGGGCUGUCCCCUGGGACGAGACCUUCUACUUCCUCCACACCUACAUCUUCCCCCUCACCACUUGCCUGGCCCACAGCAACAGCUGCCUCAACCCUGUCGUCUACUGCCUGAUGCGGAGGGAGUUCCGCAGGGCUUUGAAAGAUGCUUUCUUGAGCUUCCUGGCCCAGGCUUCCUCCUACCUGCCUUCCUCCACCGGCCAGGCAAGGGACGAGGGCACCACCCAGGUGGCACUGCCCUUGCACCGGAGGGGCAGCCCCAGCGGCCUACAGGUGGCAGAGAAGGAAUGCGCCCUGCUAUCCACCACCGUCACCAUCGUGCCUGAGCUGAGAGCCGAGGAGGCCAGCCCGCAGGGCGAGUGCAUCCCACAAAAGCCCCAGAGCCAAGCGAACCUCUUCCCUGCUGACGACCGGUCUGAUGAGCCGGAUGGCGCCUGCAUUCGAGUUUAG